ACUAAAGUAGUCACCUUUUUUGUGUGUGUUUUGGCAAAGGGAAAAGUCAUAUCCAUAUCUUCGGUUCUUAUAAAACGGGUUUAAUUUGAAAGUGUCCUCUGUACUCUGUAGUUUAUUCUUACUAACAUAUUUAUUAAUAAUUAUAGUUUUUUUUAGUUAUUUACAUAGCCUUUCCAUUGGAUUACCCUAGCAAAUUACAUUUCUUCUUCUUCAGCCUUAGUUAGGGUGUUUCAGUUUCCUACAUUCACAUUUAUUUAGUAGAUAUUGCAAUAGUAAGCAAUUUUGCAAAUACAUGUUGUUAGCAAAUUUGCUUACUUUUUAUGCUGUGCCCGUUCUCUGUUCUCAUUGUUUACAGCUUGCUGCCUAUGAUACUGACCACCACCACAGAAGGUGGCCGGGCAGGGGAGCUCAAUCCCAAGAUGGCUCCCUGCAUUGCUACAACAUUUCUCAAUGAACUGGUGAUUUUAAAGGGGUAUUCUAGGAUUUUUUUUUUAUUUGACUGUGCUACAGGAGCUGUAAAGUUAGUGUAGUUAAUAAUAUAGUGUCUGUACCUUUCUGUGCAUACAAAAUGACUCAGGUCUCUGGUUUUCCCAGGUAGCAGUGCGUCGAAACAUGACAUCGUCAGGUGUGCAAAGGGAGCCUGUCCUGCUUAAGUGGGUGAAAUGGCCGUUGAGUGGGAGAGAUGCUUUUGCAACAGCUGUAGGCACCCUGGAGAUCAAGCUUACAGAAUGUCUCUGACUUGUUUGUAAUGGGCGGUGCACUUGUGCUGGAGUCAGCCGCCCUCCUUCACUGGCUGGAGAGAGAAGGAUAUGGUCCUCUGGGAAUGACUGGCAUUUCAAUGGGAGGACAUAUGGCUUCUUUGGCAGUAACCAACUGGCCUAAACCAAUACCUUUAAUUCCAUGCCUUUCUUGGUCAACAGCUUCUGCAGUCUUUACCUCGGGUGUUCUAAGUAAAGCUGUUAGCUGGAGAGAACUUGAAAAACAAUACUGCACUCAGUCAGUAUAUGAGGAGGAGAUAAUGAAUCUACUGGAGUACUGUGGGGCAGAUUCUUUCAAGAUGGGACAAGACUUUGUGAAAAAUUUUCCAGCUAGUGUUGAUAGUCUGACCCACCUUAAGCUUGCUGCUAGUAUCUUCCGUCUUAACAGCACCUGGAAACCAUUAUCUGCUGAGUCCAUACAAGCAUCAAGUAACAAUAACAAUGAAAUGUUUCAUGGUGACCCUAAAGGGGAGUCUAUUGGGCAAGCAAUGACUGGUGGCCUAAAUGGGAAAAGGGAACAGGCAAAAAGUCAAGCUCUGCAGAGAGAGUCCUUGUUAUUUAUGAAAGGAGUCAUGGAUGAAUGUACACACGUGGCCAACUUUUCAGUUCCAGUGGACCCAACCUUAAUCAUAGUUGUGCAAGCCAAAGAGGAUGCCUAUGUCCCAAGGGUUGGUGUACGCAGCCUCCAAGAGAUUUGGCCUGGGUGUGAAGUUCGAUAUUUAGAAGGUGGCCAUGUCAGUGCCUACCUCUUUAAGCAAGGGCUUUUCAGGCAAGCAAUCUAUGAUGCCUUUAAUCGAUUUCUUCAGAAAUAUCCUAUGUGAUUUUGUGUGGUUUUCUUUGUGUAUCCACCUCCAUUCCGUCUCCUUAAAAGAUUGCUGAUACUAUUAGUUAAAAAUGGUUAUAAUUUAAGACAAGAUCAGUACUGAUUUUGGAAAAGAAGAAAGAUUUUUAGGUAUUGGCAAUGCUGCCUUUCUAAUCCAGUGGUACCCUCUUUGGCACUGAAACACACUUGCAUUUCUACUGAAGUGUUCUUUGAUUUUUGCAGAGCUAUGAAAAAUGUAUUUGAUUCUAAACAGUGUAUGAUUAUCACCUUUUCGACAAAGACAGUGACUUCAAGGUCUAAGGUUUAUACUUUAAUCAUUUUUAACAUUUUUAUACUUUUUUUAAUCUAGUAUAUAUUAACUGUUCAGAGAAGUAAAAAUCAAAUGUACCUUUUGUGAAUGUAAAUUAUUUGAAAACAAGACUAACAAAUUCUCUGCUUAUUUAUAUGAUGACGAUCGUACAACAAUGAAGUGUGUGAUGUUAUGCUGUCAUUAAAAAGAGUGACUGCAACAAGGCAAAACAUCCCAUUACUCUCCUUUCAUCAGCGAAAGGCCGACGUCACUAAGAUCUGAGAGAGAUGAGUAAAUUAUUUUGAUUAAAAAAAAAAAGUGCUUAGUUUUGCCCAGGAUCUCUGCUGCAGAAGCCUUAGGUAGCUUGGCCUGGAUUUCCCAACAAAAUCUCCAAGCAAAUCUAAGUGCUCCUAAAAAGAAUAUGCAUAGUAUACUUGAAUUAUGUCAGCAAGCCUUUCCUUCACUGAUCAAUGCAAUAAAUAUUCUUAAAAAAAUAAGAAGUA